AUGGAGCGCAGCCCGGUCAACACACACAUCACCAGCUGGGGCCGGCCACUCCAAUACAACUCUGGAGCAGCUCAGCAACAGCCCGUCCAGACGCAGUACGCACAGUCUACGUCCCGGCAGCGCCCUGUCCUCCGACCAACCGCACCGUCCUUCUCAUCGGCCGCAUCAAUGCCUACCACACUGCAGACGGCUGUCCCGACUACCGAUGCGCAGCGAGACGGCCAGCUUUCGAGCGAUAGCGAGUCCGAUACUAUCGCUGUUGCGCAGCAUGGUCCAGCUGCUGCCACACAGACCGUGAAUCCAGCAGGUGAUUCAGACACCAUUGUGGUAGCCAACCCGCAAUCGAAGGCGGCUACUCGGGGCGCACGCCAGAUCCGCGAGUGUUGA